UUAUAUAAGGAGGAUGAUGAGUGUACACAAACACAUAACAACCCUUUCGUGCAAUUUCCACAACAAAGUCGCAUUUCUGCUGCUAACUUCAUCUCAGAGAAGAUGGCGAACGAGGUGGUUCUGCUGGAUGUAUAUGUCAGCAUGUUCGGGAUGAGGGCAAGAGUCGCAUUAGCCGAGAAGGGCGUGGAGUACGAGUACAGGGAGGAGAAUUUGGCCGAGAAAAGCCCGCUUUUGCUUCAGAUGAACCCGGUUCACAAGAAAAUCCCGGUCCUGAUUCACAACGGGAAACCCGUCUGUGAGUCGCUCAUUAUCGUCAUAGAUGAGGUGUGGAAGGAUAGGUCUCCCCUGUUGCCUUCUGAUCCUUACCAGAGAGCUCAAGCUAGGUUCUGGGCUGAUUUUAUUGACAAAAAGGUUUACGAGGCCGGGAGAAAACUGUGGACUACGAAAGGGGAAGAGUUGGAAUCCGGGAAGAAAGACUUCAUAGAGAUACUCAAGGUGUUGGAAGGGGAGCUGGGGGACAAGCCUUACUUUGGGGGUGAGGAUUUCGGGUUUGUCGAUGUGGCCCUAAUCCCUUUCUACAGUUGGUUCAAUGCCUACGAGACUUGCGCCAAUUUCAGCAUCGAAGAGCACUGUCCGAAACUGAUUGCUUGGGCGAAGAGGUGCAUGGAGAGGGAGAGUGUCUCCAAGUCUUUGGCUGAUCCGAACAAGAUUUAUGACUUUGUUUUGGCUAUGAAGAAGAAGUUCGGUAUUGAGUAGGCAUGUGAGAGAUUGGUGGGUUAGAUACCAUUUAUCUUGUGUUAAUGAAAAAGUGCAAAACAGUUUAUGUGAAAUGUGCAAUUUAUUUCCUAUGGUAUUAAAAAUGAUGCAAUUUGCAGUAUUUUUUAAAUCACAAUGGAGUCAAUUGUAAUUUGUGUUUUCACAAAGUUUUUUGCACUUUUCUAUUGACGCAGGGGUUAAAUGGUAUUUAACCCGAUAUGGGUUGUUUGUAAUUUUGUGUCUUAAAUAUUUUUAAUUUGGUAAUAAAGGCACGGGUCGUUGGAUUUGGGUUAUGUAUGGGCAGUAAAUGUGGUUUGCUGUCGGAACCUUGUAGUUUGUUUCCAGCUGAAUUUUGUGUCAGCUUAUUGUAUGUUGUAUUAAAAAUAUGCCAUAUAUUGCAAUAUAUAUUGCAUCCCAAUUAUAUUUAA